AUGCUGCUUCAAGCUGCUCUCGUAUCCCUAGUGCUGCAGGCCAGCAUCGUCCACACCGACCUGUCGGCUCGAGGCAGUCCCCUUUGUGACGCGACAUUCGACUACGUAGUCGUGGGUGGUGGCACGGGCGGAAAUGUCGUGGCGACUCGACUCGCGCAGAACGGGUUUAGAGUUGCUCUAGUCGAAGCGGGAGGACUCUAUGAACUUGAGUCUCUGGCUGCAGUACCCGCGGCCGACGUGCUUCCCUGUGGCUCGGAUCCGGACACACAGUCUGCCGUGGAUUGGGGAUUUGUGACGCAUGGUCAGCCAGGAGCAAAUGGUCGAUCUAUUCAUUAUGCUCGUGGAAAAUGUCUGGGUGGAUCACCAACAGUUGGCUCGAUGCAACAGUGGGCCGAUGCAGUCAAUGACAGUAGCUAUACUUUUGAUGAAGUCCUUCCGUAUUACAAACGGAGUGUUCAGUUCACAGCACCCAACACUAACAUCCGCGCACCAAACGCCACUGCCACCUAUAGCCAGAAUGCGUUCGAGGAAGGUGGCGGUCCAUUACAGGUUUCUUACGCCAACUAUGCCAUGCCCUUCUCCUCCUGGAUGCAGCUCGGCAUGGAGGCAAUUGGUAUCAAGGAAAAGGAUGGUUUCAAUUCGGGGUCUUUGAUGGGAGCGCAAUACUGCUCGUCAACCAUUGACCCUUCGAGCGAGCUUCGCAGCAGCUCUCAGUCUUCCUUCUUGACCUAUAUUAUGCCUUCUACUUUGACAACUUAUAGCAAUACACUGGCGAAGAAGGUCGUGUUCAAUAAGCAAAAGGAAGCGACGGGUGUGCAGGUGAACGGAUUUCUUGGUAACACAGUCACUCUUCACGCGUCCAAAGAGGUUAUUAUCUCUGCUGGUGCAUUCCAGUCACCCCAGCUUCUGAUGGUCUCCGGUGUCGGUCCUUCUGAUGAGCUGAAAGAGCAUGGAAUCGAUAUUGUCGCCGACCGACCUGGCGUGGGUCAGAACAUGUGGGAUCAUCCAUUUUUCGCUCCCACAUAUCGCGUGCGGGUUGACACACUCACUAAGUUUGCCGACAACCCUCUCUACGCUGCCGGCAGCAUUCUUGAGGGAUUUCUGGACAAGACCGGUCCUAUCACCAACCCAGUCGCGGAUUAUCUAGCUUGGGAGAAGAUCCCACAGUCUCUCCGCUCGCAGUUUUCGCAGAGCACACAGGAUUCUCUAAAGCGAUUUCCAAGUGACUGGCCUGAAGCUGAGUACAUCUCCGGCGCGGGAUACAUCGGCAAUGUCUCCAAUCUCCUAGACGACCAGCCUAAUGACGGCUAUCAAUACGCCUCAAUCCUGGGCGUUCUAGUUGCACCCCAAUCUCGCGGCAACGUCACAAUAAAAUCCGCCGAUACUUCAGAUCUGCCAAUUAUCAACCCCAACUGGCUCGACAACACGGCAGACAAGGAAGUCGCCAUCGCCAUGUUCAAGCGAAUGCGUCAAGCUUUCCAAAGCGAGGCCAUGGCGCCAGUGGUAAUUGGCAAGGAAUAUUACCCCGGUGACGGGGUCCAGAGCAACGCCGAUAUCCUGGAGUUCAUCAAGAACAAUGUCAUGCCCAUAUGGCACGCCUCUUGUACUUGCCAGAUGGGGAGCUCCGAUGAUGAGAUGGCGGUUGUUGACUCGCAGGCUCGAGUCUAUGGCGUUCAUGGUCUGCGUGUGGUUGAUGCCAGUGCGUUCCCGUUCCUGCCUCCGGGUCAUCCUCAGUCGACAGUUUAUAUGCUUGCGGAGAAGAUAUCGACUGCCAUUAUUCAAAAUUCCUAG